CCCAUUAAGAACAGCUAAUUAGAUACAUUAGAUACUAAUAAGAACAUUAUAUCAUAUGUGAUCCUGGACCACAAAACAAGUUUUAAGUCGCUGGAAUAUAUUUUUAACAAUAUCCCAAAAAUAAAUAAAUAAAAUAAAGUAUGGGUCAAAAUGAUCAAUAUUUCUUUUAUGCCAAAAAUCAUUGGGAUAUAAAGUAAAGAUCAUGUUCCAUGAAGAUAUUUGGUCAAUUUUCUACCGUAAAUAUAUCAAAACCUAUUUUUUUUUACUUCAAAGGCGAUUUUGUAUUUUCAUUUUUUUGCACCCUCGGAUUCCAGAUUUUUCAAAUAGUUGUAUCUUGGCCAAAUAUUCUCUGAUCCUAAUAAACUAUAAACCAAUGGAAAGCUUAUUCAGCUUUCAGAUGAUGUAUAAUCAUUUUUUAUAAAUGGACACGUAAGAUUGUAUUUUUUGGUCCUGGGUCACAUAUGCAAAUGCAGUGUAAAGGAGGAGGAUCCAAAACUGUAGUGGGACGAUUCACAAAUAGAAUAGUUAUUAGUGGAUAGUCUUCUUAGAUCAGACACUGAACCACUGAGGAAAAUGUUUGACAUGUUUGUCUUAUUCUGUUUGUGCUGGUGCUGUCAGAUUGGUGUGUUUGGUGCAGAAACAAAUGAAAUCCAGACAGUGUCAGUGAUGGAGGGAGAUUCUGUCAAUUUAAAAACUAAUGUUACUGAAUUACAUGAAGAUGAUGAAAUAGCAUGGAAAUAUGGAGCUGAGAAGUCUCUCUUAGUUAAAAUCAGUGAUGAGAAAAAAAUCUCUUCCACAUAUGAUGGUCCUAAUGGUAGAUUCAGAGACAGAGUAAAAGUGGAUCCUCAAACUUUAUCUCUGACCAUCACAAACAUCACAACUCAACACGCUGGACUCUAUGAACAACAGAUAAGGGGAGCGAGACUGUCAUCAAAAACAUUCAAUGUUUCUGUCUAUCCUCACCUGCCUGUUCCUGUCAUCAGCAGUAACUCUUCACAAUGUUCAUCUUCAUCAUCAUCAUCAUCAUCAUCACAGCAGAAUUGUUCAUUGUUGUGUUCAGUGGUGAAUGUGGGUCAUGUGACUCUCUCCUGGUACAAAGGAAACAGUUUAUUGUCCAGCAUCAGUGUGUCUGAUCUCAGCAUCAGUCUCUCUCUACCUCUGGAGGUGGAAUAUCAGGAGAAAAACAGCUACAGCUGUGUGAUCAACAAUCCCAUCAGAAACCAGACCACACAUCUCAACAUCACUCAACUCUGUUACACAUGUUCAGGUGUGUUUGGUGAGACAGUGUCAGUGAUGGAGGGAGGUUCUGUCACUCUAAAAACUGAUGUUACUGAAAUACAUGAAGAUGAUGACAUGGUGUGGACAUUUGGAACUGAAAACAGUGUUUCUGUCUAUGCUAGUCUGCCUGUUCCUGUAAUUACCAGAGACUGUUCAUCAUCAUCAUCAUCUUCAUCACAGCAGAAUUGUUCACUGGUGUGUUCAGUGGUGAAUGUGGGUCAUGUGACUCUCUCCUGGUACAAAGGAAACAGUUUAUUGUCCAGCAUCAGUGUGUCUGAUCUCAGCAUCAGUCUCUCUCUACCUCUGGAGGUGGAAUAUCAGGAGAAAAACAGCUACAGCUGUGUGAUCAACAAUCCCAUCAGAAACCAGACCACACAUCUGGAGAUCAGCGAACACUGCAGCAACCAGAAUCAACAUCUGGAUAUCAAUCAAGUCUUUCACGCAUGUGCAGGUAUGGGAGUGCUGAUAUUAAAGUUAAUUCUUUGGGCUGACCUCGGUCUAUUGUUGUGGAUCAGACUCAAUAACUCACAUCAAUGUAUCUGACAGUGCUGAUCUCUGUUGCUUCUGCUGGAUCUCUGUUGAUCGUCACUGGAUAUGGGAUCUUCUGCAUCUGCUGGAAAUGUAGAAAAACUGGUCAACAAGGCAAA